GUUGUAAGAAUCCAUGCGGGACCGCGCCGGGGCGAGCAUCGCUAAGAUCUCUGAGUGGAGUCAUUUCCUGGUGCAGGACCACACAAAGAACGCGGUGAAAGUUCUAGCCAGGAAAGGAAACAUUGGCUUAAACCCUAAGGUUGCCUAGCAUUUCUUCUCUUUGGUAGCACCACAUCACAGGAGAAAAAUGUACGGGAGUGCAAGAACAAUCACCAAUCUGGAAGGUAGCCCUUCCAGAUCACCACGGCUGCCAAGAUCACCUCGUUUGGGCCACCGAAGAACAAGUAGUGGGGGAGGGGGAGGAACAGGCAAGACUCUGUCCAUGGAGAAUAUCCAGUCCCUUAAUGCAGCCUACGCCACGUCUGGACCCAUGUACUUGAGUGACCACGAAGGGGUGGCAUCAACGACUUACCCGAAGGGGACCAUGACCCUGGGCAGGGCCACAAAUCGAGCUGUGUACGGAGGCCGGGUCACAGCCAUGGGGAGCAGUCCCAACAUUGCUUCCGCCGGGCUUUCCCACACGGAUGUCCUUUCGUACACGGAUCAACACGGAGGGCUGGGCGGCUCCUCCCACCACCACCACCAGCUGCCGUCCAUGUUGAGGCAGGUAAGGGACAGCACAAUGUUGGACCUGCAGGCCCAGCUCAAAGAACUGCAGAGGGAGAACGACCUGCUACGGAAGGAGCUGGACAUCAAGGACAGCAAACUGGGGUCUUCCAUGAACAGCAUCAAGACUUUCUGGAGUCCGGAGCUCAAGAAGGAGAGGGUCUUGAGGAAAGAGGAGGCAGCUCGGAUGUCUGUCCUCAAGGAGCAGAUGAGGGUUUCUCAUGAGGAAAACCAGGAAUUGCACCGAAGAAGCCAACUUCAGCCGGAGCCAGCCAAAACGAAGGCUCUCCAGACUGUCAUCGAAAUGAAGGACACAAAAAUUGCUUCAUUGGAGCGGAACAUCCGGGACCUUGAGGAUGAGAUCCAGAUGUUGAAAGCCAAUGGUGUGCUCAACACAGAGGACCGUGAGGAGGAGAUCAAACAAAUUGAGGUGUACAAAAGCCACUCCAAGUUUAUGAAGACCAAGAUUGAUCAGCUGAAGCAGGAACUUUCCAAGAAGGAGUCAGAACUUCUUGCCUUACAAACCAAGCUUGAAACCCUUAGCAAUCAAAAUUCUGAUUGCAAGCAGCACAUUGAAGUGCUCAAAGAGUCACUUACUGCCAAAGAACAGAGGGCUGCCAUCCUUCAGACAGAGGUAGAUGCACUGAGAUUACGGCUGGAAGAGAAAGAAUCUUUCCUCAAUAAGAAAACAAAACAGCUGCAAGACCUUGCAGAGGAGAAGGGGACUCUUGCCGGAGAGAUCCGCGAUCUGAAAGACAUGUUAGAAGUAAAGGAAAGGAAAAUCAAUGUUCUUCAGAAGAAAAUUGAAAACUUACAAGAACAACUUAGGGAUAAGGACAAACAACUGACCAAUCUGAAAGACAGAGUGAAGUCCCUGCAGACCGAUUCCAGCAACACAGACACCGCGCUGGCCACACUGGAGGAGGCCUUGUCGGAAAAGGAGAGAAUAAUAGAACGCCUGAAAGAGCAGAGGGAGAGAGAUGAUCGGGAAAGGCUGGAAGAGAUCGAAUCCUUCCGAAAAGAGAACAAAGACCUUAAAGAGAAGGUCAAUGCUUUACAGGCUGAACUGACAGAGAAAGAGUCCAGUUUAAUCGACCUCAAAGAGCAUGCAUCUUCAUUAGCGUCUGCAGGACUGAAGAGGGACUCCAAAUUAAAAUCUCUAGAAAUAGCCAUCGAACAAAAGAAGGAGGAAUGUAGCAAAUUGGAAGCACAGUUAAAAAAGCAAGCUGAACAGUUGUUCAAUCAGACGUACAAUCCAGCGCAUAAUAUUGAAGAUGACUCCAGGAUGAACCCUGAGUUUGCAGACCGACUAAAACAGCUUGACAAGGAAGCAUCUUACUACCGUGACGAGUGUGGCAAGGCUCAAGCAGAAGUGGACAGGUUGCUGGAGAUCCUCAAGGAGGUGGAGAAUGAAAAGAAUGAUAAAGACAAGAAGAUUGCAGAACUUGAGAGGCACAUGAAAGAUCAGAAUAAGAAGGUGGCCAACCUCAAGCACAACCAACAGUUGGAGAAGAAGAAAAAUGCCCAGUUAUUAGAAGAAGUCCGCCGGCGAGAAGAUAGCAUGGCUGACAACUCCCAGCACCUGCAGAUAGAGGAGCUGAUGAAUGCCUUGGAGAAGACCCGGCAGGAGCUGGACGCCACCAAGGCACGCCUCGCCUCCACCCAGCAAUCUCUUGCUGAAAAGGAAGCACACCUGGCCAACCUCCGGAUUGAGAGGAGGAAACAGCUGGAGGAGAUCCUGGAGAUGAAACAGGAAGCACUACUUGCGGCCAUCAGUGAAAAAGAUGCAAACAUUGCCUUGCUGGAAUUGUCUGCCUCCAAAAAGAAAAAGACCCAGGAGGAAGUCAUGGCUCUGAAGCGGGAGAAAGACCGACUGGUGCAUCAGUUAAAGCAGCAGACCCAGAAUAGAAUGAAGCUGAUGGCAGACAACUAUGAUGAGGACCAUCAUCAUUACCACCACCACCACCAUCACCACCACCACCGAUCUCCUGGGAGGUCACAGCAUUCCAACCACAGGCCCUCUCCAGACCAGGAUGACGAGGAGGGCAUAUGGGCAUAGCCGGGCCUGUAAACCAAAGUUCCAGUUUUGUUUUGAGGGCUGUCGGAAGGGUUGCCUAAAAGGGUAGCUCAGCUCUGCAGCAAUAGCCUGAUAAUCUAUGGCAGCGCGGCUCUCUUCAUUGUCCACCAGCGGCCGCAGCGGCAGGUCCAAAAGGAAGGAGGAUUCUCACGUUCGCUUUCUUGCCUGAUUUUGUUGGCCUUGUUUCUCCGGAUUUGGGUGUAUAGGAAAUAAAGAAUGUGAUGGAGGAGAAAAAUGACAGGCUCUUCAUUUCCCACCAGGAUUUGGACCUUUAUAAAGUGACCAUCUCUGCUGAAAGCUGUGGGAUGAACGUUUCAUUUCUGUCGCUUUGCCCCAUGGAUGCAGUGACGCUACACAGGGUUCAAAGUGUGGAUUCAGCUUCUAUUGGACAGCUAGCUCCAUCACCUGUUAUCCUGCUGCUCAGUCUAAGUGGUCCUAACGCAUAGAUUAUCAGGCGAUCUAAACUUGCUGAGUGCUGCUGCUGCUGUCCACGGUGCAUGGAAUAUUUGACAAAGAAAGCAAAAGACCAAAAACUGAGAGAGCCUUUACCCUCCUCUGUUUCUGUAAUCUGUUGGUCAAGGAACCACAUUUUGAUGGUAUUAUGUGUUGUUACCUCUGGGCCAGGUUGGAAAUGAAAUCAAUUUUUUAAACCACUAAAAACUUGCCAAGAAAUCGCCUUAUGAGAACAUGGUGUGUGUCUCUGACAGUGCGUGGCACAUCUAAAUUGGUCAUUCAUAAUUUUAUUGUCCCGCUCAUGUACCAGAGAGUGAUAAAAGCCUGAGGCACCUGCAUAUAUGCUGCCUAUGCUCCUUGAACCCCGGGGCUGGGACAGGACCUGGCCUCAGGCUCUUCUCCUUCUCACACAUGCAGGUCUCCAUACGAAACUGAGACUCCUUCAUUUUCAAGAUCCAAAUGCUGGGCAAGCUCUGGGAGCUUGGGUCUUCUGUAAAUGGAGGGUCAUUUCUCAUUGGGGUUUUUUCGUUGUUGUUAUUGUUUUAUUUUAUUUUUUUUUAAGAAAAUGUCUCCAACAUGGAUUCCAAAGCAUUUUCAGCAUCAAACAUGGAAACAUUGAUGAAUGAAGAGCAAUCACAAAUGCUGUAUGUCUGUAAAUAGCAUUAUACAACUUGUCUGUGGAUACAGAGUUCUUAUCUUGAAGCACAUGCCAGGGAAAGAGACCACAUUCCAAGGUCUUUUGAAUACAGUGACAAGGUACUAAGGAGAAUUCAACUCCUGCUGCUUCCUCUGAAGAUUAAAAAUUAUUAGUCAUUACAACUUCAUAAAACCACACUACUGAACCUGGCAAGUGUGCAGCUCUUGUAUUGACCCAUUUUCUUGUCAAUGGGAGGAACCCUCCCGCCUGCAUUCCUAAAGGACAAACAGUGAAUUUAAGCAUGAGUGGCCUUAAUAAAUACAAUUGUCUUUCUUUGCUGCUGUGGAAAGGAUUCUAAGCAGAAGCUGCUGAAAUCUUGCAUUGAAUCUAAUCAUUAUUACUUUCCAACUGUUGGUGCAAUUAACUCUGGACCUCUCUCAUGAGCCAUAGAGAUGUUUAAAAGCAAACCCCUUAUUUGCUGGGGAAAGGAAACUGUUCCUGAGUUGCACCUUUCAUUCCCGGUGCGUCAGGCGUAAUACAUUAACGCAGGUUUCUUGCUUUGGGCUUCAUUCUUGUCAGUAAAUAGUGAAACUGUGUAAAGCUUACGUGUUACAUAAAUGAUCCAAAUACAUUCAUGUUUAAAAAGUUUGUCCUUUAACUAUCAGAAGGAUCUAGGUCUUUGUUAGAGAAGGGAACAGAGUUCUUUGCAAGUUUAUUUAGUACAUUUUGGCAGAGUGUUGCAAUGAAAACCCAAGCCAAACCCCGGUUCCCAGGUACAGUUUGGGUGUCCUCAGAAAAGUCCUCACAGCCUCCUGCCACCAAGUCCUGACCUGAACUCUGCAACUAACUACUUGAAAUAUGCAGUAGGAGAACCAGGAUGGUAAAUGGGGUCCUUGAAGUAGCAAACACAGUGGCCAGCCAUGUGUAGUUAGCUAUUUCUACAUAUGUGCCAAUUUGGUUACAUCUAAUGUUUGGGGAUCAUUUUUCUUUUGCCCUGCUUUUGUUGGUUGAAAGUAUUGUUGAUCUUAUUUUCCUGCAAGCAUAUCGUUUGGUCCCUGAAAAAUAAAAUUCUAUCUAACGAAAUAUCAUUUCCCAUUUUGUAUAAUAUUCUCUAAAGUUUUGGGGUUAGGAAAAAAAAUCCCUUUUCACACAUUGCAAAUAGUGUCUGGGUUUACAACAAACACUGUGAUGUUCAGAAGAUAUUUCCUUUGUGCAAACUCUAGCAGGUUCCCUUCUAAUCAUAGUGUAGUUGAAAUUAAGCAAAAAGUUUGGGCUAACAUUUAGGAAAAAGUGGCCUACAUCUUACUGUGUGCAAAAGCAGGCUUGUAUUUAGACCCCUUUUGAUUUCUAUAGACAGUCUCAAUUUUGUAUCUAAUGAUUUGUGUAUUGAGUAUGCACGUUAACAGCGUGUCAACUUUCAUUUGAAAGUGGGUUUUACUUUUUAAACAGUGUUUUUGAUGAGACCUCAAAUGUGUUGACCUAAGCUCUAGCCACAGUGUUUUUGUGUAGAGUGCCGUUUGAAUGCUGCCAGGGGUCCAUGUAUCUAAUUCCCUGAGACCCUUGUUUGAUAGUGCUUCUUGUAAUAUUUCUUCAAGUGAGUGGCAUGUGGGUUGUGAUAUUGAUCCAUGUGAUUAUGGACAUCGAUAUGAAAAAAUAAAUAAAUAAAUAAAAUUAAGGAACCCUUGAAACUACCAAUGGGCAUGUAUCAGCCAGUCAUUGUAACCUCGUGUCUAGUAGAAAUACCAUGUGCAAGGUAUGUACAGCUCAUAACUUUGUUAUCAUGUGUAUGAGGAGUACUUUGUGCCGAUUGUCUUAUUUAUAUCCAUCAAAUAAACCUUGUUUCUUU